AUGGGCCUCUUUUCCAAGAUAAGAGAGGUGCGACAGAAGAAAAAGACCAGCGGAUUGAAGGGAAGCGCCGGGCUUCCCUCUCCGACCGCAGGGCCACCAGCGUCUGGGCCUGCUAAAACUUCCUUAAUCCCUACGUCCACUGUACAGCCUCCCCGGCAGGUCGAGUUGUCUGCUCCACUGCCUCCGAAUGCCACUCCCGCCUCACCGGAACCCUCUACUCAGCCAACCGCUUCUGACGCGACCCCUCUCCCCCGGAGCGACUUCGAACCGUGGACUCGGGCUUACGAGAUAUUGCAGACCCGAGAGCCCGAGUUGAUAGAAGACUACAAGAAGCACUUGGGCUCCCUGCAACGUGAUGGUGCAACUGACGCAGACCUCUCAACUCCCCGGUCGGUUGAAUCAAUCGUGAAGCAGCUGUUAGACGAUCGGGAGAAGAAGCAGUGGCGAGUAUCAUUACUGGUGAAGGAGGUAAAGAUACGAGAGCAAGCCGAGAGGUUGGUGAAGUUCCUCCUCUGGUCUGACCCGGUAGUCAAGAACGCUCUCAGUGCUCAGCCAUACGCUGCGUUGGCAUGGUCCGGUGUUUCAUUGGUUCUCCCCCUACUCAUGAGCGGCGUUACAAAAAAUGAGGCUAUGUUGAGAGGUUUCAAUCUGAUUGGCGAUGUCCAAGUCUACUGGGAUAUCUGCGAAAAGACGUAUCUCAGGUCCUCACAUCAACAAAAUUACCAAGACCUCAUAGAACCCUUAGCCAAGGUCUAUUCGCACAUCAUUGAAUAUCAGGCGCUCGUCAUAUGCCAUCUCUCUAGAGCUCAACUCUCCCGUGCAUGGCAGAACGUGGCUGGUUGGAAUGAUUGGGAUGGAAAAGCAGCAAAGAUUGAUGAAUUGAGCAAACAAUGCAGUAGCUACAUUUCUCCUCUCGAAGCAAAGGAACUCCGCCAGAAUAGGGACAGUCAACUGCGACAGAUGCAGGAGUCGCGGACCAUCCUUGAUGAAAUUCGGAUGGUUCUGGAAGCGGAUAGUAAACUGACGCGGAGGAACUAUGAAGACCAGAAGGAGCGAGAUCUUCUUCAAGAUCUCGCAGCGGACUAUGAAGGCUACAAAGACUUCAACCCAACGAGGGUCCAGGGCACAUGCGAGUGGUUCUUCAAGGACGACAGAUUCCGCAAAUGGCGGGACAGCAACACUUCUGGUCUCCUCUGGGUCUCUGCUGACCCUGGUUGUGGAAAGUCGGUCUUGUCGCGGGCUCUGAUCGACGAGCGGCGACUGUCUACGAAUGUCACAACAUCGACUGUCUGUUAUUUCUUUUUUAAGGACGGAGAUGAACGCCGAAUGUACGCUACUAAUGCUUUGUGUGCAAUACUCCACCAGCUUUUCACGCAUGAUCCCGCUAGUGGCCUGAUAGGACAUGCACUUCCUAGCCAUAGGAACUAUGGCAAAGGUUUAGCCCAAAACUUUUCCGAGCUGUGGCGAAUCCUCAUGGACUGCGCCGACUCACCAGAUACUGGAGAAAUUGUUUGCGUCCUUGAUGCCUUGGACGAAUGCAGUGAGCAUAGCAGGCGGCAAUUAAUUAAAAAGCUGAAGGAGUUCUAUUGCCAGCCCUCACGUCCAGCCAAUCCACUCUCAAAGCUCAAGUUCCUGAUCACCAGUCGCCCAUAUGACGACCUGGAGAGAUCUUUCAAAGGAUUCUCUGACACCACCGCGUAUCUGCGUUUUGACGGCGAUGAAAAGUCUGCGCAAAUCAGCAAAGAGAUCAAUCUAGUCAUUGAUGCCAAGGUGGAUGAAAUUGCUCGUGAUUUCGAGGAGGGUGACCGUCGAAAGAUUUCUGAACAACUAAAGAGCAUGGAAAACCGUACAUACCUCUGGUUAAAACUCACAUUCGACAUCAUUGAGCAGAGUCCGACUGAAUAUGGCAGGCGAUGUGAUGUGGAAACACUCCUCUCUGAUCUGCCGUCCGAGGUAUCUCAAGCAUACGAAAAGAUCCUGGGCCGAAGCAAAAACAAGAUUAAAACAGAGACUCUCCUUCAGAUCGUUCUGGCUGCGGCACGGCCUCUGACACUUGAUGAAGCUAACGCAGCCUUAACGCAAGCUUUGCAGAAGCUACGGUUUAUUUCUUAUACUGAGCUGGAGUCAAGUCUAUGGUCCCCAAAGGUCUUCAAGAGCAUUGUGAAAAAUCUAUGCGGUCUCUUCAUCAGCGUCUAUGACUCGAAGUUUUCCUUUAUCCACCAGACAGCGAGGGAGUUCCUCAUCCAUCCUGAACGAAAAGGCAAAUGGCAAGGGCGGCUGAAUAUGUCAAAGUCGCACGGUAAAAUGUCACUGGUCUGCCUCGCAUAUUUGUCAUAUCUGGACGGGCAGAGCCCAGUCACGGAAAUCAAGGAGCAAUUUCCGCUGGCGCAGUAUUCCGCGCGGUACUGGAUGGAUCACGCAAGGCAUGCCGAGACUCAGAAGGACGUCCAAGAAAGCAUCUUGAACUUCUUCCAGCAAAGGGAAGCGUAUGAUGUCUGGGGAGAUCUUUUUGACCCGGAUCGUCUUGGGGAUGAAGAACCGCGGCGAUGUGUCAAGAUGGCCACUCCAUUAUACUACGCAUCCUUAGCAGGUCUCCAACGUACGGUAGAACUACUGAUAGAGAAAGGCGCCGAUGUGAAUGCGCAGGAGGGCCGUUAUGGCUAUGCUCUGCAGGCUGCUUCUCAGGGGGGCUAUAAGGAGGUGGUGCAGCUACUGCUGGAGAAAGGUGCUGAGUAUGGUAAUGCUCUAUAG